AUGUUUUCUACGCUGACUAAAUAUGCGAAGACAGCAGCUCUAUCUAAAUACUUUUCUUCAUCAAAAAAGAUGAGAAAAGCUAGUCUAGCAGUAAUAAAACCUCAGGUUAAGCAGUAUGAGCAAAGUGAUCAUAAUGUCAUUCGUUCACUUUCUAAGCUUUAUGCAGGAGGAUUGAUGGGAAAGGUAAAAUAUGAAAAAACAAGAUCAGCUCUUGUUAUGAAAAAUACUAAGAAACACACCAAGAAACUAGGUUCUGUGUCAAAAGAAAGAGUUUUGUUUGGUAUGGGUAUCCCAUUCCUAAACUCAUUCCCUAUCGGUUGUUAA